AAACCAUUCGCUCUCACGUAAUUGUGAUUUCUCCCAUCGCAUCUUCAGACUCGUAACAAGUGACCUCUGUGUUAUACAGACAAAGCGGUAUCUAGCCCGUCAACCCGUAUACCGCAAGGUACCUCAGUACAUUGUUGGACUCCUGGGGGUUCGUUAGCGUUGCCGCAUCCAACCAGAACCUUCAAAUCGGUUCACAGGACCAGCGCUGCUGUGUCGUUCGCCGACUGAACCUGUCUGUGCCGCCCCGAGAUAUGAUGUCGGUUGCAAUCUACGACCCACAGCAAGAUGUCGGUGACACUAUCUGCCGGCUUGUCAGUAUCGGAUCUGACCGAUAAGAAUAAGGAAGGGGAUGGCCAUGUAGUGUUGACCCCGCCCCUUAUCCCAGAGUCUUUGUUGUCCUCUUCUCAGAUACCAUAUAUUCAAGAGGUAGAACAUCAAUAUCAUCGUAAACAACCAAGCACCAUCAACAGCAUAGCAAACAUGGCCAUCGGUAUCUUCACCAAACCCUCUGCACUUGGCGUCAGCCACAGCACAAUCCCCAACGUGGGUCCCUGCCAGCAAAAUCGUUUCGACGAACUCGUGAUGCGACUCAAGGAUGCCCUUGGUCCAUCAUCGGGAUUGACUUCUGAUGAUGUUGACGUUGACUUCCUUCAACAACUGAUGGAAGGAUAUGACGGAUCUGACAACAUGUGGAAGCCUUAUGCCUUCGGUGAUCGCAGUAGGGGAUAUACCCGUAAUCUCGUUGACGAAGGUAACGGCAAGAGUAAUUUGCUUGUUCUCGUAUGGUCUCCUGGAAAGGGGUCCCCUAUCCACGACCACGGCAACGCCCACUGCUUGAUGAAGAUUCUGAAGGGCAACCUCACCGAGACUCGAUACGCAUUUCCGAACGAGGAUGAACAAGCUAAACCAAUGGAUAUCAUUGGGGAAAGAACAUAUAAGGAAAACUCCGUCGCAUAUAUGGCAGACGAACUAGGUCUGCAUCGUGUAUCCAACAGGGGCAGCGACUUUGCUGUAUCCCUCCACUUGUACACUCCCCCCAAUGUAGCUAAAAAAGGAUGUCAUGUCUUUGACGAGAAGACAGGACGGAAGAGCCACGUGCCAGGUUGUCACUACUACUCGGCUUAUGGGCGGCUGCUGAAGGAGUAGUUGACGCAGGAAAGGCCAUGAUAGCCACGAUUUGAUGAGAUAUGACCUUGUUGUAAUUAGCGCCGCAAGUAUUGAGAGCUCUCCUUUUAAUCGGAAUGGCCAGAUUGUUUUUGAUGGCAGAUGAUGGGAGUGGAUGUUGGACGGGGGAUGAUCUCAGUAGCUAUAGCAAGUAUGCACUUUGAUACUAGCAUAGAAUGAACCGAUCUGAUCGAAUGAGACCCGCAUUGUACACGAA